GUGACGCAGCGGACGCAGGCAGCGCACGCAGGCAGCGCCAGGAGUCUGCACAGCCCCAGAAGAGGGAGAGGCGACUGGAGCCGCAGGCCAAAGGGAGCACAGACAGCAAAGGAGCCCUGCGGCAGAGGAGGUUCCGGGAGCGCAGUUUCUCGGGCAGCUGGGGCUGGUGCGCAUGCGCACGGCCGGUCGGCGCACUACGCACCACAUCCGGGACUCCUAGGACCAGCAGGUUGCGAUGGCAGCGGGGUCGCGGCGGGCGCGCGGACCGGCCCAGGCUGCUGGCGGCCCGGCGGCCCGCGGAGCCCGGGAGUCCGACAGCCGCGCCCACAGUGCAGAGGGGCGGCCAGGCAGCGCCGCCGCCAUGUCUCUGGGCACCGGAGAUCCUGCUUCGGAGACGGGGGAUGACAGUCUGUCUGCGAUCACCUUGGACUCUGACUGCGAGACGACAACAAAGAGGAGAAGCGUCCACAGACCUCCACCCACGUCUCCAAAGUCGCCGUACUCCUGCCAGCCGAGGGCAGUGCCAUCCUGGAAGUCUCUGAGGACAGCCGCAAGCUUGCCUCUCAGUCACAGAAUGACCCUCACCCCGCAGCAGCUGUGGCGGGGAAGUUCAAAGCCAGCAGGCGGCAUGGCCCAGCCCCCGAAGCCAGGCCUCACCUUGGAGCGUCCCUGGGCCCACCCCCCAGGCAGCACCCCUGACCACCUAACGGAGGCACUGAGAGUGAGGAGGUCAAACCUCAGGCGUUCGGCCAGCAACGGUCAUGUCCCGGGGACCCCCAUCUACAGAGAGAAAGAGGACAUGUACGACGAGAUCAUCGAACUGAAGAAGUCACUGCACAUGCAGAAGGGUGACUCGGACCAGCUGAGGACGCGGCUCCGGCGCCUGGAAGAGGAGAACGCCCGGAAGGACCGGCAGAUAGAGCAGCUGCUGGAUGCCUCCCGGGGCCCCGAUCGCAUGUGGACUCUGGCGGACAAGAGGCCUGACACUGGCUGGGUGGUCAGCGGGCUGCGGCAGCGGGUGCUGAAGCUGGAGCAGCAGUGCAAGGACCGGGACAGCACCAUCAGCAAGCUGCAGGCUGACAUGAAGACCACGAACUUGGAAGAGAUGAGGAUUGCCAUGGAGACCUACUACGAGGAGAUCUACCGGCUCCAGACGCUGCUGGCAAGAUCGGAGACCCCCGGCAGGAAGCCACCCACCGAGAGGAAGCCCAGCCUCAAGCGGCAGAGGAAGCUGAGCAGCGCCCUGCUGAGCCUGUCCCGCAGCGUGCAGGAGCUCACCGAGGAGAACCAGAGCCUGAAGGAGGACCUGGACCGCAUGCUGAGCAGCUCGCCCUCCGCCGCCUGCAGGAGGGGCUACUCGGAGUGGAGCAAGCCCCGGCUGCUGAGACGGGUCGCAGAGCUGGAGAAGACGGUCCAAGAGAUGGAAAGCCCAGAGCCACAUGCCACAGCAGCAGGCCAGCCGGGCCCUCGGGCCCUCUCCGCGUUCAGCUGCUCGCCACACCCGCUGCCCAGAGCUGAGGACAGUGAGAGUCUCCGGAACGCUGUGAGCAGCCUGCAGGGCGAGCUGCAGGAGCGAGAUCUGGAGGUGAAACAGCUGCUCCAGGCGAAGGCCGACCUGGAGAAGGCGCUGGAAGACCUGCAGGAAGGAGAGAAGGCGAGGAGAGAGAGGGAGGAGGUUCUGAGAGAGGAAAUUCGAGUCCUGACCAAGAAGUUCCAAGACCUGGAAGCAGCGAAGAAGGAAGAGGAGGGCGGCCGCGUGGGGCUGGCCCCUGAGGCCCAGGAGCAGCCUCAGCCUCCCUGUCCUGCUGGCAGUCCCUCUCGGCAGCACUCAGAGCCCGAAGCCGGCGGGGAGGACUUGCCCCAGCCCCCGGGUACCUUCAAGGAGGGGCAGAGACAUGCGGCCGCCCUCGCCCUGCAGGCCCGUUGGAAGGUGUACAGACGGCAGAAGGAAAAGGCCACGCUGGACGAGGCGGCCACUGUGCUUCAGGCAGCUUUCAGGGGACACCUGGCAAGAGCGAGCCUGUUACUGAGCAAAUCUAGCCCACCCAGUCUCCCAAGCCAGAACUCUCCCACGCCUCGAGUUCCUAGCCCCACUGCCCAGGACAAGGGCGACCCAGAGCAAGAGGCAGCCAUCACCCUCAUCCAGUCAGUCCUCCGGGCAUACCUGGCACGGGCCGGGCACAGUCCCAGGACUCGCGCCACGGCUCCUUCAAAGAGGUCGGCUGCUUCGGCCACACACUUCAGGACCGCCUCUCCACCCACCGCUGCCGCUCCCGCUGGUCGGGAAGGCAGCAGCGUAAGCCCUGGGGUCACCGUGAGGGGACCAGCUGCCAAGGCUGGGGGGCCGAGACCGUGGAAGCCAGAGACACCGGCAGCCCCGAAGCCCUGCAGCCCUUCCACGUCCCUGCCCACAGGGUGGCCACCCCUGGUGCUUCCACUUGCGAACGACAUCUGCUCCAGCGACUCCGACGACUCCGACGAGGUUGUCGUGGCUCCACGACUGACCCUGAAGAACGCCACCCGCCCGCCCCCCGCCCUGGGCCCCCGUCAGUGCAGCUCCCUUGGCGAUGCCCUGUCUGGGGAGGGGUAGGCUGAGCAGAUGGUCACGCUGAAGGGCAGUACCUGUGCCUGCCCUGAACCACAGCUGGGCCUGUUCGUUUGUGGGAGGAACCCGAGUGCCUGCGUCUCAUCUCGGGGGAGUGUCUGUGGUCCCACCAGCCCCUGGUCUCCCAUGCUGACACGUCGCCGCAACCGGAGGGGCAGCCAAGGAGCCCCAAAGAGACGUUUCACAGCAGCUGGCAGCCGCCUGACCCAUCACCCAGAAAACAGUUGAGCCAGGCCUAGUCUGUCCCAUUGUUUGGUGUUCCUCUGCCCGCUUCCCCCACUGGACUGACUGGGAGUUUGGCCGACGUGGGUGCUGACCUGUGCCUGGUGUCAUCCCCUGGGCCAGACCCAGGCAGCCCGACCCACCCUGCGCUGGGCGCCAGGCUCGGAGUGGAAGGUCCACGGGAGCCAACCAGAAAGCACGGGGCCGCAAGCCUGCGUGAUCCUCGUCCACGACCAGGCGGUCUGCGAUUCUGUCCUCCCAGGGAGCCCCAGGCUGUGUGUUCUGAAGGCAGGGCCCUGCUCCAGAGGGGCGGGCAGCUGUGUGCGACGUCCGGGCUGGCCUGCUCUCUAAGACCUGCGGGGCCUGGCCAGCGCGGCACUGAGAAGGACAAGAUGAGCCUGUGGGUCUCCCGAGAAGGUGCCCCUGUGCCGUGGGAAUACGCACAUCCACCGUGCCCCGGCGUCUCCUGCAGCCCAGCACAGAGGGCCUCUUAAAUGCAGAGCCUUGAAGCUACCUCUAUAAACGACAUAAACCGGGUAACUCUGGCCAGCCGACAUCCAGUGUGCACCCCUGGGAGCCUCAGACACUGCACUAGCUUGGCUCCAGGCCUGGGGUUGGCCUUCCCCUGGGCCAGCCAGGCUGGCCCCACAUUGCACUCAGGCCCCCAGGUGGGUGCAAGGCCCAGCAUGGGACAGGGCCAGGGGUGUGAGCAGGGCGUGGGGCAAGCUUUCGGGGAGCAAGGCUCUGGGAGGUGGCAAGGCCGAGGUCCCUGGGGAGACUGGAAAGGGAAAAGUGACCUUGGAGAAGGGACCGCAGCCUCAGGCAUCAGUGCCCAGAAGGCCAGGUCCUGCGUGUCUGGGUGCGGCCUGCUGGGCCUGACUCGCCACAGUGCCUGCACAUCCCGGGGACAGGACAGCAGAGCACACCUGUCUCAUCCCAAUACCCAAAACCGGCAGUGACCAGGUGUGGCUGCUGGGCCUGGCCUCCUGAACUGCAGGUGGGCAGCAGGCUGCUGCGGGGUGGGGGGACACCUGUUCCCACCCCCCACCCAGCUCCCAUCUGUGGGCGGGUGCCAGCCGGGAGUGGGCUGCUAGACUCAGCAGGCAGAGGAGAGGAUGAGGCCACGGUGGGAGUGGGUGUGUCUCAGGAGGGUCCCGGGCUGUUGGUGCAGGUGCAAUCUCUAAGAGUGAGGGGCAUGGCUGGGAGCUGCCCCUGGGGGGGAUGUGGCAAGGGGCAGAGGGCCACAGGAUCAUCACUGUGGGGAGCAGAGCUUCUGCAGCCCGGUCCCUGUGUGCAGUAAGGAGGGACUCCAACGGGGCCCUGGCCAUCCAAGCUGCGCUGUCAGGCGAGUGUCAGCCUGAGUCUUCGAGGUCCUCGGGAGGGAGUGGUCCUGGUGUCAGGAAGAGGUAGACCACCAGGCUCAGCCGUGCAGGUGGCAGGGCAGGACGGUCAGGCUUCCUGUCCACCGAGCCCCUGCCGGUGCAGGACACCUGCCAGCCACCCCAGUGAGACCCAGCUGGGCUUGCUGGGAGCCCCUCCCAUGUCUGGAAGCCCUGGUUCCCCCUGCUCGUCACUGUUGGCCUGCACAAAUAAAGGUGGUUCUGCAGCGCAUUCA